UCCUCUUCCGUUUAAAGUGACGCGUUUCCCAUGUGUUGAUAGCGUUUCAUGUUGAACGUUCAUUUCAAGUUUAUGAGAUAUUUGGGCUCGGUGUUAGAUUAUUGAUCAUUGAUCAGUUGAUCUGACGUCCAUCAUGUCGAGUCGCGCUCUGCGUAGGCUGAAGGGCGAGCAGCGCGCUCAGGCCGCUUUAAACACGCUAAAACUCACUGAUGAAGAUGAAGAGGAGCAGAUGAAGAGUGACAAAACUGCCCAUAAGCAGAAGAACACCAGCAACAUCUUUGAGCUGAUUGGUGAGGCUGAUGUGGAUGUAAGUGUGUCAGAUGAGGAGACGGCAGAGAGAAUCCGUGACAGACAACAAGGAGCUCCACUAGAGAAAGAUACCGUGAAGAAUGAGAAGUCGAACAAAAAAAAGAAGAAGAAGAAAAAGACUCCAGCUGAGAAUGGAAGGGUGAGAAUUUUAUUUAUUUCUGUAUGUUAUGUUUAUGUAUGUAUGUAUUUAUUUACCAAAACAUUUGAAGAACCGUUGGAACAGCAAAGCAGGAUCAAUGGUUCGGUCUUGACCAACUUUGAUGGUGGAGUCAUCUGCAAGGGUUUUUGCCUGGUCUUUCCGUUUGAAGGAUAUUCCAAAAAUGGGUUUUCCAAUCAUCUUUUCAAUGAUCUCAUUGCCAACAGUUUCAAACUCAUGCACAUUCACCUCCUCUUUGGCAACAACACCAAUCAGAGUGAUCUCUUUUCAUCCUUGCUUCUGAGGAUUCUCGGUGCUGCUCACUGGUCGUAUGUGAUGGGUGUAGACAUGGUCCACAAUGCUCGCAUUUCUUCAGUCAUUCCACUUCCAUGGGUCAAGCCUCCACUGCUUUUCAAGGAUCACAUCAAUGUCUGCUCGAUGACAAGAUCAAAACAAAGACAGAGGCAGUUUCAUCGGUGUACUUGGAUGACUGUUUUCAAAGAAACAUGGCCCCGCUUCAGUCGACCAGGUAUCUCCAUGAGUCUAGUGGAGUCUAAAGACGGCAUUCAGUGCUUCACCUUUGAACAUAAUCGUGACUAUCAGCAAGUCCAGUUCAAGUUUCUUGAUGCGGUUGAGUCAAUGGACCCCAAUAACUUUGUGGUUCUCCUGCAACUUAACCCAUAUCACAUUGAUUCACUUUUGCAGCUGUCAGAUGUAUGUCGCAUACAAGAAGAUCAAGAGACUGCCAGAGAUCUCAUCGAAAGAGCUUUAUAUAGUUUUGAGUGUGCAUUCCACCCUGUGUUCAGCCUGACGUCAGGCACGUGCCGACUGGACUACUGCAGACCAGAGAACAGGGCCUUUUAUUUAGUGUUGUUCAAGCAUAUGAUAUUUCUGGAGAAGAGAGGUUGUCCACGUACAGCCCUUGAGUACUGCAAACUGAUUCUGAGUCUGGAUCCAGAUAAUGACCCUCUCUGCAUGCUGCUGAUCUUUGACUUCCUGUGCCUGCGCUGUCGCGAGUACACCACCCUCAUCCGACUCUAUGAGGAAUGGGAGGUCCAUCGAAAUCUGUCGCAGCUGCCAAACUUUUCCUUUUCUGUGGCUCUUUCCUACUAUCAUCUGAGCCAACAGGAAGACAUUUCACCUGUGGAGAACCAACAGCUGAAGCAGAAAUCCAAUGUACUAUUGCAAAACGCUCUCAUCAUGUUUCCUGGUGCACUGAUGCCCCUUUUGGAUUUAUGCACCGUUCAACCUGAUGCUGUGGUGUCUUCUCACGCAUUCUUUGGGCCAUCAAGUCAAAUCGGGCAGCCUCCUGCACUCUUAGAGUUAGUGUCCCUAUAUGUGGGCCGCUGUCACAGCCUGUGGAAAGAGGCUGGAUUGAUGCUGUGGUUGGAGGAGAAUGUCAGAAAAGGGCUAAAGAGGGUUGACUCGCAAGAUCCUUAUUUGGAGGACUGCCAAAAUAAGAGGAAGCAGCGAUACCAGAGUGCUCCCAGGAACAUCCAUAGACAUGUGCUGAUGUCUGAGAUCAAGGAGGCAACAGCUACCCUUCCUUUAGAAGUGACCACACAGCCAGGAAUGGGUUUUGACCCUCUCCCUCCUCUGGACUCCAUUGUGUCUUACAUCAGACCAGAAAGGCAGAACAUGGGGGCCUCAAAUGAAAGCACAUUAUCUUUGUUUUUCCGAUCACUGCUACCAAACUUCAACCUCCAGAGGCCUGAAGACAGACAAGAAGUUGCUCGUGCUGGGCGUGAAUUGAACCAGGAAGUGAAUAGACUCAUGGUGGCUAUGAGGGACAUGUUGGCUAACAUCCAGUUCCGUGAACCUCAGUGGGAGAACAACCAUGAAAGAGAUGAGGAGGAAUGGGACUAAAAGAUCAAGGGUGUGAUUUCUGAGCACUAUGCACCACCCAUGAAAUUGAGCUACCAUGUUUAUUACACUGUGACAGUCAGCUGGAAACAUUAGUUAAAAAAAAAAAACCUUCUGAAUUAAAGUAUGGUCAAAAUGGUUUUAGUAAUUCUGUUUUAGUAAUGAUUCAAUGUUUACUUUAAGGCUUCAUGUUUGGGUAAGGGGUUGGAUAUAUCCUGUCUGAGGGUGAGGUACACUUUAUAAUGUUAAAGGUUGAUAAUUUCUAUAGACGAAAUUAGUUCAUUACAGAAAUUAAUUUCUAUAGACGGACAUGACAUCUUCAACUACAGCAGGUCAGAUUUUCAGAACCCUGGCAAUGGUAUUUCAGUGUUGAAUAUUAUAAGAUAUCAAACAGACAUGCUGAUGUAUAUAGCCAAGGGUAUGUAAUAUAUUCAAAAUUCUGUAAAUGGGCACUAAUUGAAGACAGAGUUGAUUUAAUCUUGUGAGGUAAUAAAAAAUGGUUUUAUUCCAUAUUUAGUGUUUGGUGUGUACCAGACCCUGUUAUAUCCCAUGCAAAAAUAUGUUGUUAAAGGGAUAGUUCACCCAAAAGGGGUAGAGCCCUGCACGGGCCUCAGA